AACAAAGCCACGAAACAUGCACACAAAUCUUGAAGGAAGAAACUGUCAAUGGCUGAAUCAGUCCCAAGCGCCGCUGCAUUGUCAGCACGAACGCGCAAGGCGGCAUUUGUUGAACCCUUUUUAUAUAUGACCAUGCGUCUCGAGAUCAAGGCAGUGAAGUGCCCUCGUCCUCCAGCCUCUCCUCCACCCGCCCCUUCCAAUACAUAAAUCCUCAGGCACCGUCGUCUUUGACACAUUGCCGGACAACCACGCCUGUUCCUUCUGGGGCUUAUCAUCUAUUGGCUCAUUCUUACUUUCGCGAUCCCAUCUUUUUCUCCCUUACUGGAGCCAGCUCUCGGACAGUCCAUUCGACCCUCCGUCCAGCAUGACAUCCACAAAUGUGCUCAUCACUGGUGCAAACCGGGGCAUCGGUCGUGGUCUACUGGAGCUGUACCUCACGCGCCCGAACCACACCAUCAUUGCUGCGGUCCGUGACCCGAACCAUGCUACUGCCAAGGAGCUCACUGCCCUCUCGAGGAGUGAGAGCACGUCGCUGAUCACCGUUAAACUCGAUCUCACUAUUCCUUCGGACCCGGCUAGGGCCGUUACAGAACUGGCCAACCAUGGAAUUGACCGCAUCGAUAUCCUCGUCGCCAAUGCCGCCAUUGCCUUGAAGUGGGUCAAGGUUUCCGAGGUGACAACCGACGAUAUCCAGCAGCAUGUCGACGUAAACGUCUACGGCUUCGUCCGGCUUUUUCAGGCCUUUCUUCCUGUGCUGCAGAAAUCUAAGGAUCCUAAAUUUGUCACGAUCGGCUCGUGUGCUGCAUUCCUCACGAACUUCAUCCCCAUGAAGAAUGCGGCGUAUGCCCCUACCAAGGUGGUGCAGCAUUGGUUGACCAAGGCUAUCCAUACCGAAGAGCCCUGGCUUACCUCCUUCCCCGUCGAUCCAGGUUGGGUGCAGACAGAUCUCGGCCAACGAGGAGCCCACGCAUUCGGCUACGAAAAGGCUGCCAUCACGGUGGAUGACAGCGUCAACGGAAUUAUCAAAGUCAUUGACGCCUCGACAAGGGAGACGCAUGGCGGCAAGCUUUGGGUGUACACGGGCCAGGAGUCUCCCUGGUAGAUGUUGUCCAUUGCCAGGUCGCGUCAUCUUCGUUGCGGAUUCGAAUGCUUCUCUUUUCUGUGGAUCGGCUAAGGCUGGAAUUGCCAGGACCUGAGUGAGGCGAAGCAUACCAAGUAUGUAACUAUACCUACCUGGUGAUAACGAAAUUUCC